GUGCGUGCGUGUACGUGUGCGUGUGUUUGUGUGUCUGUGUGUCUGUGUGUGUGUGUGUGUGAGACUGGGACAGGUCUGUGGUUAAGACCAAUCAGCAGGGGGAAGGUCUGGCCUGACUCCUGUUAUCCUCCUCCUGCAUAAAAAGCAUGCGGAGCACCGUGGAGCUCCACGGAGCAGAGCGCUGAUCUGCAGCCCGAGAAACAUCUCGUGAUCCGGGACAGGGGACGCGGAGGACGCGGGGGAAGCAGAGCAGAGCACCGGGCGCUGCUUCUUGACGUUAUGCUGGGCCACAGAAAGAAAGCGGCCCCGGCGGGGAAGAACGGAGCCGGGACGUCCAGGUUAAAGGCCAUCGAUCCUCUGAGGAACCUCGGAGUUAGUGAGGACGAAGAUGUGAAGCGGAUGUUGCAGGGCUCCAGUAUGGUGAAGGUCCGCUCGCCUCGCUGGCAGAAGCGACGAACUCUAAAGCUGCUGGAAGAUGGAGUCACUGUGUGGUGUCAGUCCCAAAAAACGUCCUCCCGCGCCAAGGAGCAACAGUCAUUCUCUGUCUUGGAGGUGGAGUGCGUUCGGGAGGGUUGCCAGUCCGAGAUGUUGCGGCAGCUGGGUGGCUCGGUACCUGAGGGCCGGGGUCUGACGGUGGUCUUCAAAGGGCCCCGAAAGAGCCUGGAUCUCCUCUGCCAGAGCCAGGAGGAGGCUCAACACUGGGCCCGCGGCAUCCGGAAGCUGCAAGGGAGAGUGGAGAAUAUGAGCCAGAAGGACAAACUCGACCACUGGAUUCAUGCUUACCUGAGUCGGGCUGACCAGAACCACGAUGAUAAGAUGAGCUAUGAAGAAGUCCAGACUCUGCUACAGAUGAUCAAUAUUGAUCUGAGUGAUCAAUAUGCCCGCAGCCUGUUCCAGAAAUGCGACCGGUCAGCUGACAGUCGUCUGGACCACGGGGAGAUUGAAAUUUUCUGCAGGGAGUUGUUACGGAGACCGGAGCUGGACACUGUGUUUCUCCGCUACUCUGCAAAUGACAGUGUACUUUCCACUGUGGACCUGAGGGAUUUCUUGAAGGACCAGGGGGAGGAUGCUUCACUCAUCCAUGCCCAAAGCCUCAUACUCACAUAUGAACUUAAUGAAUGGGCUCAGAAGAACCAGUUCAUGACCCCCAAUGGCUUCACCAUGUACAUGCUGUCUAAGGAGAACUGUGUCUUUAACCCGGAACAUGCAAGGGUUUACCAAGACAUGAAACACCCACUGGCGCACUACUUCAUCUCCUCCUCCCACAACACAUACCUCACCAAGGACCAGCUUACUGGGGACAGCAGCAUAGAGCCAUACAUACGAGCUCUGAAUCACGGUUGUCGCUGCGUGGAGCUGGACUGCUGGGAUGGAGAUAAAGGAGAGCCGGUCAUCUACCACGGACACACACUCACCUCCAAGAUACCGUUUGUCCAAGUCAUUGAGGUUAUCAAUGAGUACGCUUUUAAAGCAUCUCCUUACCCUCUGAUCCUGUCCCUGGAGAACCACUGCUCCGUGGAGCAGCAGACAGUCAUGGCUCAACAACUGCGAUCCAUCCUGGGAGACAAGCUCCUCACCAAGCCUCUCGGAGGUCUGGAUCCUCACAGCCUGCCCUCUCCAGAGGAUCUCAAAGGGAAAAUCCUUGUGAAGGGAAAGAAGGAGCACGGGGCGGGGGAGGGCUCAUCGAGCACUUCAGACCUCAGCUCCUCGGAUGAGGAGGCCAGCAGGACCGAAGGAAAACAUCCCUCCAAAAAAGGGGACCAAAAGCCAAGUGUGUCUAAGCUGAGUCCCGAGCUGUCAGAGCUGGUUGUAUACACCUGCAGCGUUUCCUUUCAAAGCUUUGAACACGCUGCAAGAAACCCAGCAACUGAGCUGUCCUCCUUCUCUGAGAGUGACGCUCUCAGACACAUUAAGGACUCAGGGAUGUAUUUUGUGCGUCACAACAGUCAUCAGCUCAGCAGGAUCUACCCCUCAGGUCAGCGCCUCCAGUCGUCCAACUACAACCCUCAGGAGAUGUGGAAUGGAGGCUGUCAGAUUGUUGCUCUGAACUUCCAGACGCCUGGUGAGCAGAUGGACCUAAACCAAGGGAGGUUCCUGCAAAACGGUCAGUGUGGGUACAUGCUGAAACCUCCCUUCUUGUGCCAGCCCGGCACCACCUUCAACCCAGAGAAUGUUGGUGGAGGUCCUGGCCACAGACCUGUGCUGUUCACCGUCCGGAUUAUUUCAGCUCAGCAGCUUCCCAAGCCAGAGUGGGACAAGCCCAGCUCCAUUGUGGACCCUCAGGUGUGGGUGGAGAUUCAUGGAGCUCCCAUCGACAACAAUAAGAAGAAGACUCAGUAUAUUGACAACAACGGCUUUAAUCCGCAGUGGGACUGUACAUUUAACUUCACCGUCCAUGCCCCGGACUUGGCCCUGGUUCGCUUCAUGGUGGAAGACCAUGACUUCACGUCCAGCAAUGACUUCCUGGGGCAAUACACCCUGCCUUUCACCAGUCUCCGCACAGGCUAUCGCCACGUCCGACUGCUGAAGCUGGACGGCUCCACCCUUUCCCCUGCAUCGCUCUUCGUCCACGUCACGGUCGGCCCCUGUGAGAGCAGUCCCAACAAAUCAUCAGCCAAAUCCCCGGCCAGGUCACCGACCAAGUCUUUAGCCAAAGGACCCUAAUCCCCUCCCUCCGUCCUGGCAACAAGAAGCAUGGACGCCGCUAAGGGAAGAGCUCAGAUCACAUCUUCCUGGAUCCAGGCGAUAAAAGAUCUGGCCCCAAACUCAUCAAACUGGGUAUAAAGUAUGUAGCUGUAUCCACAACCUGUAAUGUUGGUGAGAAGUUUCUGACCAAUACUUAAAAUUUCUAGCGAGGACGGUAAAGGCCGUUCUUACAGUUCGAUGAAUACACUGAUCGUGGUGCUGAGUUUUCUGAUCAGGUCCCUGAUCUGACUAAGGGAAGACUAAGACAUCCAAAAGAUAAAGUUUAGAAACUAUCAGGGAGGGAAGUGACAUCGCUGAUGAACCAAAUGUCAGUUUUGAGCGUUGAGUGAUUUAACUGCACUUCAAGCCUCAUUCCUUUAUACAGAAUCUACCCCUCACUGUGAUGUGGUGGAUAGUUGCGCUGUAAUUCCUCAUUUGAUCAGGGUUUGAUUCUUGGAGCAGGACAACCUGUCAAUCCAGCCUGCAUGAGUCCAGAGAAUCUAUAUGAGACCAACUCCAAAGUGUGGUGCCAGAUUUAGUCUUGAAGACUAGUUUCUCACAUCUUUUUUAUUUAUUUUAUAUUUAUCUUAUUUUAGAGUCGGUUGUUAUUUGAAUAGAAAAGCCUGCUGGUAUGUGAUCUGAAGAUUACUCAGAAAGUAUAGACUUUAUUUAUGGUAUGUGAAGCAGCCGUCCUCUAUGAAGUGUGACAUAACCAAGUCCCUCACAUGUGAUACAUUCACUUGAAGAGCAGUUGGUCACUGUAAUAAUUUUUUUUUCCAUUUUCUGAAAUCAAUCCGACUUCAAUUCAUGCAGCAACUGACCAUUAGUGCUGCAGGGAGACAGUACAGACGGGGUUCUCCUCGAACAUUUGACAUUUCCAGUCAAACUGAUGUUACUCUUACUUCGGAUUUGGAAUUUAAAUCACAGGGACAUAUCUCUCUCUGAUUUCUUGCGUCCACCUGCUCUGCUGUCUUUACCUGUGGGUCUGCAGGUCUACUGGUGCAGAUCUUGGUGAUCAGCCACCAGCGGAUGCUAGGGACAUAUCUUCAGUUGUGGGCCUGAGUGUCAACAGGUUCUUCGGCCUUUUAAUCACAAGACCCCUUCUUCUUAGGCAGGACCACCACAGGCUGAUCAGACCUGGGUGCAUGUCCUAAACAUCUUGGGGCCCAGUUUCCUCCUGAUCCAGAGCCAUUGGCUUCAGCGUUCUGCAGCCCAUCAUGUUUCUUUUAUGGUCUGGCACAGGGCUUGUCCAUGGAUGUAAUAAAACCUGUGCAGUCCACCUCCAAUGGGCGAACUGUUGUUUUCUAGGCAUGUUGUUCUGCCUCAGAUGCCACCUCCACAUACCGAAGCCUCUUCCUCUCAUUCAAAUAUUCAAAUGAGAACUUUGCAGGCUGAAGGGGUUGAAGGUUCCAUGGGAACAGCAGCUGAACAUGGACGUGUCCCAGACACAUCUGGGGUAACAAAGUCUCUCCAGGUCUCUUUCUUCUCUGUUACUAUCCUGUCCUCAUUGUCCAAACUGACGUUCAGGAGGACUCAUGAUGACACUUUAGGAUAUGACUGAAAACUCAGGGAAAAGCUCAUUCAGAAACCUUUUCCACAGAUCCCAAAGUGUUCAGAAGGUCAUGAAUCUCUAUGCGCAUGUAUUAGGAAAAAGAAAAUGUCCUUUUGACUUCAUCGUAGAGAUGUUCAGGUUUGAAUGCAGCUCUCGGUAUGAAUUGUAAUUCUAAUCUAUUUGGGCAAUGUCCCCAAUACCUCUGUACAUAUCAAAAGCUAUAUGCAAAAUAAAAUAGCUUUAUCUUCGUUUAAAAAAACAAACAAACAGUAGCUCUUGUUGCUGCUUGUCCAAGAUGUGCAUAGAAAUGAUCCCAUCCAGUACUUUUAUAAUGUAGCCUAGUGCAUGUUCAAUGCUUAACAGGCUUUAGUUUUUAUAUGAUAGAAUUAGCUCAGUUAUGCCAUAGCAAGAUGAUGGUGGUGACUAGAUACAGCUGCUGCCUUAUUGUUAGCUUUUUAGACCUAUGCAGAUUUGCUCCAUAGUUAAAAUCCUUGUUGUGUAUUGCUUUGCCAUUGUUUACUCAGUGUUCAGAUACAUGUAUGUUGUGUGUCUCCAGAGUCAACCUGACUGAUGAUCCUUUUUUUUUAACAGUAUAUUAUUAGACUUUAUUGUGCAGCACACACAGUGACGACAAAACAAAGUGUGAGGCCAGAGUUUAAUUGGCCGCAGUGACAACGGCCACAUUCAGACAUGCACUGCACUCCGGAGAUCCUCUGGAGGGGCCUCAAGUGCGAAUGCAGCUUUCCGAGCGAGAGCCCCCGGACUUUCUGCAGCCUUUCUGGGGCCAAUCCCCGAGCAGGCCAAUGUGACGAAACUGCAGGAGAUCCUCCACAAGGUUCACCGUGAGCGGGUGGGUGUGUUGAUGACGUUUCUAACAUGCGACAGACGCAACAAUGAAAAAAAAAACAUCAUCUGCCUGAUGCACCACCCCUCGUCUGAAGGGAACAACAGAUUUCUGUGUUGUUGUGAACGCUUUUGAACGGAGAAUCUCCUGCUGCUUUCAAAUCAAAUCAAAUCAGAUAUACUUUAUUGUCCCAUUGGGAAAUUUGUCUUGGGCCAAAGUGCUACAGCAGCUGCAGAACCGUACAUCUUACAACAAACACGCUGCUGCUCGCUGCUUUAAUUUUGGGCGACUGAGCUGUUGUCUUUCUGUUGAGUGCAGAACACACAAACUGCACCCUUUAUAUACUGUCAGUGUUUGAGCUGACUACUCACCACAUUUCUUUGGUAGACAU